AGGCCACUUAUUUCACUGACUGACCAAGUUCAGACAGACCAAGUCAAAAUUGUUCAUUCGUAUUUGGUAUUGAAUUCCUUAAACGUUUCCUAGGCGUCUAUACCUCGUUUAAAUGAAGAGUUCGAUGACCUGCUGUUGCCGGAAGUCCGAUGACGUCAAACAAGAUGGGGACGAAAACACUAUCCGUGGAAACUGGUCCGGCAAGGCUGAUUUCUUUCUGUCGAGUUUCGGUUUUUCAGUAGGACUAGGGAACAUGUGGAGGUUCCCAUAUUUGUGCUAUAAGAAUGGGGGCGGUGCCUUCCUUAUUCCAUAUGUGUUCUUCCUAUUGAUGCUGGGCUGGCCAUUAUUCUUCCUCGAAGCUGCGUAUGGUCAGUUCUCAAGUCUCAGCCCAGUUCUUGCAUGGAGGAUUAGUCCGCUGUUCAAGGGAGUUGGUUGCGGUAUGGUGGUCAUGACAGCAGUGAGUACAAUGUACUAUAACGUGAUUAUUGCCUGGACCUUGUUCUACGUAGGAAAUUCCUUCAGUGCUGAGCUGCCGUGGGCUACGUGUAAUAACACCUGGAAUACAGACGCAUGUGUAGUACGUAACAUGAACAACACGUGGUUAUUCGACACCUCUCAGAAUCUUACCAAUGCAACCUGGAAUUACCUCAGCGAUAGCAGGAUGGGAGGAGAGAGGAUUUCCACUGUCAAUGACACGAAUGGUUCGUUUCCCUUUUCUGUGAAAUGGACAUCUCCGAGUGAAGAAUUUUGGGAUCGGCAUGUCCUCCAAAGAACCAGUGGUAUUCACAGCAUGGGUGAGAUGAGAUGGGAGCUCUUUGCCUGCUAUACUGUCACUUGGGUCGUAACAUGUCUGUGCAUCAUAAGAGGCGUCAAAUCAUCGGGAAAGGCUGUGUACGUGACAGCCCUCGCCCCGGUCGUUAUUCAGAUUGUGAUGCUCUGUCGAGGAGUGACCUUACCAGGAGCCAUAGAAGGUAUCAAGUUAUACAUAAUUCCCAAAUGGGAAACAUUGCUCAACACCAGGGUGUGGAUGGACGCCGCCUUCCAGAUUGCAUAUUCCAAUGGAGCAGGGUGGGGUGCUAUCGUCACUAUGGCCAGCUACAACAAAUUCCAUACAGAUUGCUACAAACAGGCUGUUGCAAUUUCAUCAUUAGGGAGCGCCUUCAGCUUUUUCAGUGGUUUCGUUGUAUUUUCUAUAAUUGGAUACUUGGCUCAUGAGGUUGGCGAGGACGCGGAAAAUGUCGUCAGCCAUGGCCCUGGUUUGAUCUUCGUUGUAUACCCGGCAGCCCUGGCCAAAAUGCCUGGUGGUCAGUUUUGGUCCGUCCUGUUCUUCCUUAUGGUGUUUAUGGUAGGCCUUGGCAGCCAGUUUGCAAGCGUGGAGACAGUGAUCACGACCAUCGUCGACAACAACCCUCGCCUACUCCGUGGUCGGUUGAGGCGAAUGCUGUUGACCGCACUGACCUGUUUUGUUAUCGCGAUUCUUGGUAUACCAUGUGUCAUGCAGGGCGGAGUAUACGUGCUCACCUUAUUGGACUGGUACGUUGCCACUUUGUCUGUGGCUCUCAUCUUCUUCACAGAGCUCGUGGUCAUAUCAUGGAUCUACGGGCUUAAUCAAUUCUUCAAAGACAUCGAGCUGAUGAUUGGUUACCAGCCUCACUUUAUUUGGAAGAUAAUGUGGGGAGGUGUUUCACCAGCUUUGACGAUGGGUAUAUUUUUGCUGAGUGUGAUACGAUACACACCAGUGUCGUACGGCAGUUAUGUCUACCCACAGUGGGCAGUGGCAAUCGGUUGGACAUACGCUCUUUUGUCAUUUGUGCCCAUUCCAUUAUUCAUGGUGAAAGUAUUGAUAUCUGCCAAAGGAAAUGUUAAACGUAGGUUAAAAGACGCGGUUCAGCCAGCACCUGAGUGGGGUCCAGCUUUACCUGCAUACAGAGAGUUGUAUACCGCCACCCUGAGUGGGUCGCGGAAAAGAAGGAUUUUGCCGUAUAUCAACUGCACGAAGGAAUCCGAAGAAACUGGCACAGCACUUGUGUGGAAUACGGCUAAAUUAUAGCCCACUGGCCGAGCCAAACUUCACCCUUGAGAAGGAAUUUCCCACCAAAUUCCAUGUUAGAAUAUAUUUCGAAACCAACCUGAUGAUAAACCGACGAAAUCAGAGUGAUUCGUUUGCGUUGAUUAUUUUUAAAGAUGCAGUUUAAUAGUGUGGUCAAUUUAUCUUUGCAUUACAACGUUUUAAAUGAAAGCCUUACAAUACAGUACGGAGAAUCGUGUUCAGACAAUUCGUCCGAAUACUCUGGACGCUUUUACGCGAAGUGCAGCCUACGGUGUCUGCGGAGAAUGCCUUGCUUUCGAGGUGUGCACUGGGGGCCUACUAGAGUUGUCCUCUCAAGAGAACAUUUCCAAAAUUUCUAAAAUCCCAGGUUAGGGUAUGUCAUAAUAAUAAAUU